AUGACAAUGCGGUUCGUGUCGCUGGCCUUGACCUUGCUGGUCUUUCAUGACGCCAGCUGCCACUCGCACAAUGUCAAGAGAGGCUUCGAGCUGCAGUUCCAGAACUCGCCCGAGGAGUUGGAGAAUGUGGCCAUGAACUUCACCGGCAAAGCCCCGUCUUGGCUGAAUGGAACUUUGGUGAGAGUUGGUCCGGCCUUGUUUGAGCUCGGCAACGGCUCUACGGUCACGUCCACUCUGGAUGGUUUCGCUAAAGUGGCCAAAUGGAAGUUCGAGGGCAACAGCAUUACCUUCUCUACCAAGUUCAUCAGAUCAACUUACUACAACGAGUCGCUAGCCAACGAGAAGUUUACCUCAAACAUCUUCUUCUCUCCCCCACUCCCUCGUCUAACCCCCGCGGAGGCUCAGAGAAGUCAAGAGGUUGGCAUUGAUAACAUGGACAUCACCAUCGUUAAGUUCAAAGACACCAAGAAGCAAGCUAUUCGUUAUGUGGCCAAAAACGAUGUCGUUCCUGCGUACGAGUUGUCUCUGGACGAUCUUUCCACCUACUGGAAACUACAGCCUGUGCUGCCAGGUGCCCCAGCAGCCGCACCAGGGUCAAGAUCUUCACCCUCGUUCUUAAAACAGCUGGCUACAUCACACCCCCUACCUGAACCAAACACAGAUUUUCUGAUCAACCUUCUCAUCCAAGCCGCCAGCACGCCCCAGGAAGUCAACAUGCUGAAGGUAAUCCGAGUUAAAUCGCCAGAAGAGAUCGAGGUCAUUGCCUCAAUUGCAAUCCCGGAAGUUCCACUUAUUCACUCGUUUGGGCUCUCGCAAACAAAAGCUAUCGUCUUGAUGAACCCCUACAUCAUGAACGCCACCUGCAGGAUGUGGAACGAAGACAACUGCUACACUUGGCAACAAACCAACGACUCCACCGCCCUCUACGUAGUGGAUCUUAAAACUGGCAACGUCCAAAACUUCCUAGUCCCCGCAAUCUUCGUCUACCACCACAUCAACAGCUACGACGAGGGAGCAGACACCGUCAUCGCCGACGUUGCCGCUUACGACAGCCCAAUCCCCCACACCAAAUUCGAGCUGCCCAGACUUAGGGACACCGUUGCCAGAGGCAUGAUCGACCCCCGAGCUGACAUGAAGAGGAUCGUCAUCAGCCUCAGCAAUGCAACCGCCACCGUCAGCAGCAUCGAGUCGCCAACUCCAAUCUCUAAACUCGCCUCCACGCUUGACUACCCAGUCAUCAACGAAGUGAAACGGUCCAAGCAAUACUGCUACGUCUACGGAAUCAUCGAGAAGGUUGACAACGUCAACAUCGAGACCGUGGCUGUUGCCAAGAAAGAUCUCUGCAAAAAUGACGGUCGUGACUCAGACGCCCUCUACGCGCUUGAUGGAUGGUACCCAUCAGAACCCACCUUUGUACCUAACCCUGGAGCCACCAGUGAAGACGAUGGAGUCCUCCUGGUUCCCUUCACUUCCGCAGACACCAACCGCACCAACCUAGUUAUGCUGAAUGCCGAGGACCUGAAGCUGAUCGACAAGGCCGAGGGGCCCAUCCUCAUUCCACAGUCUCAGCAUGGAAUUUACAUCGACUUGUGA